AUGAAUAUCCAAGCUGUCCACAAUGAAGAAAACAUCCCCCCUUCCUUGCUAUAUGGGAUAGAGAAUGAAGCUAGAGCUCGAGCAAGAUACACAGCAAUAACUGGAAGAGUGGCUGAGGAGUGUGGUUGCUAUAUUGAUGGCAUUCUGCUAGCAUCCCCAGAUGGUUAUAUCCCUGAGUUGGACCACCUGCUUGAAAUCAAGGGUCUAGCCAGUCAAAGAAAUCGGCCAGUCAUUCAAGCUGUCAAGCAAAGACAAUCUGAGAAAUCGUAUCCAUAUGCCAUUGAUGUUCAUGGGAAGCUACAUCUGAAAAAUGAUAAUGCAAGGGGCUACUAUUAUGAGCAAGUGCAGAUGCAGAUGGUCUUUCAGGAAAGAAAGUUGUGGAAUUUGUCGUUUUUUCAGACAUUGACCAAGAACAUUUCAAAUUGA